AAACAUCAUGGCCGAAAAUAAAAAGAACUCUGGGCUCGGUUAAACAAAUUUUUCCUAAUUUUACAAGUUUCCUUGCUUGUUUGCGUUGUCAGUUUGAAUUUCUUGCAUUCUGCAUUUGCCCACGGCCGUUCUCUGCACCUUGGCAGUGUCUUUGGUGGUUCCAAACGCACGCUAAAGGACGAAAUAUGUCGACUUUUGUGCCGGGGACAGCAGCCCAACCCACCUCUGAGGUUGAAGUGACAAUAUCGUGCAGGUCACUCAAAGGGAAAGAUCUAUUAUCAAAAUCGGAUCCUAUGUGUGUUGCCUACAUCCAACCAUUUGGUCAGAAGCGCUGGGUUGAGAUCUAUCGCUCAGAAGUCAUCAGUAAUAAUCAUGACCCAGAUUUUGCAAAGAAGGUGCAUAUGCCUUAUCGGUUUGAAGAACAACAAAGCCUUAAGUUUGAUAUUUAUGAUGUAGACUCUAACAGUUCUGACCUGCGAGAUCAUGACUUUCUUGGAGCUGCAUCUUGUUCUCUAGGACAAAUCAUAUCUAAUGGAAAGGUAAAACUGCCCUUACUGAAAAAUGAAACUACUUCAAGCGCUGAAAGAGGUUUCAUUGUUUUGACUGCUGAGGAAUUAUCUGCACUCAAAGACGAAGUUACCAUUCAAUUCAGUGGACAUAAAUUGGAUAAAAAAGAUUUUUUUGGGAAGUCAGAUCCAUUCCUUAUAAUUGCAAAAUCUCAAGAAUCAGGUGAUUACAGUAUUGUACACAAAACAGAGGAAAUCAAAUGUACACUGAAUCCUAAAUGGUCAAGAUUCACAAUACCUGUGCGCACUUUGUGCAACGGUGACUACGACCGCAAUUUGAAAAUUUCAUGCUAUGAUUGGAAUGCCAGUGGAAACCACAGCUUUAUCGGUGAAUUCUACGCUACUCUCAAGGAACUUGGUCAUGCCACGAAUUCAUUUUCAUGUAUCAAUGAAGAAAAGAAGAAACGGAAAGGUGAUGCAUAUACACAUUCUGGAACAAUAAAGGUGGAUUACUUUCAAAUCAAUAAGAUAAAUUCCUUCAUGGAUUACAUAAAAGGAGGGGUGCAGCUACAUUGUUCCAUUGCUAUUGAUUUUACAGGUUCUAACGGUGAUCCUUCAACACCUCAAUCAUUGCAUUAUGUUAGCAAUGUGCCUAACUCUUAUGAGUUAGCCAUACGCUCUGUGGGACAAAUCAUACAAGAUUAUGAUUCGGAUAAACAGUUUCCAGUGCUUGGAUUUGGAGCCCGCCUACCUCCGGAUGGCCGGGUUUCACAUGAAUUUUUUGUUAACAUGCAUCCUGAUAAUCCGUACUGCUCUGGAGUGGAUGGUGUUUUAGGUGCAUACCAUAACUGCAUUCGCCAGGUUCAACUUUAUGGACCCACAAAUUUUGCUCCCGUAAUUAAUCAUGUUGCAAGAUUUGCUAGCGUUUACAAGGAUGGCUCCAACUAUUUCAUUCUUCUUAUUUUGACUGAUGGGGUGAUAACAGACAUGCCUCAGACAGUUCAGGCAAUUGUUUCUGCUUCUCUUCUUCCAAUGUCAAUUAUAAUUGUAGGAAUUGGCAAUGCAGAUUUUUCUGCAAUGGAAACUCUUGAUGGAGAUACAGUUGCAUUGCAGAGUGGGAAGCAGCGAGCGGCGCGGGAUAUAGUUCAGUUUGUACCUUUCAACAAGUUCAUGACAUCAGGUGAUCCACAAACAGCUAGGCUGCGAUUGGCAAGGGAAGUUUUGGCUGAGAUACCUACUCAAUUCUUGGGGUACAUGAAGUCUCACAACAUUUUUCCUAAUGUACCUACAAAUCAAGCUGAGGUGCUGCUGCCCCCUGAUCCUGAAGCUUUAGCACUCCAGUAGAGUUCUGGGUGUUUUGCAACAACAUUGCAAUGUGUUAUUUGAACACACUGAACACAAUUCUCACUUAAAUAAUUGUGCUAUGACUCUUUGUCAAAAGAUAUUUGAUGCUUAACUUCCAAGCAAUUUGGAAUAUUUACAAAUGAUCCUUGCAAGUACAAAUUAUGCUAUGGUACAUAAUUUAAAAUAGUACAAUGUACACAUACUAAGAGUGGACUCUACAACACAAAUUAUUGUUGUCUUCUACUUUAAUCUUUAUCUUCAUCCAUAUUCUUGCCUUCGAACAAAUGCUUAAUAUUUUGUACUAAUGUGAACACUGCUUGAGACAGUUUUUCUUGCUCAAAUUCCAUUGGGUUUUCCAAUUUUAAUUUUAUUUUAUAUUGAUGUAUUUCACCUUGACUUAUUUUAUAUCUACUUCUAUACUUUAAAACUAAGAAAAACAAUUCUUAAGAAAUGUAAUUUUUAUAAUAUUUUCCUCUAAGUGGUUUGGAAGUUUUACUUUAAUUUUCUUUCGUAUGAGUAGUACCUCAUACCAAACUAUUUCUGCUGCAAAUAGUUCGUUUCUCUACUUGAGUAUAGUUUGAUAUGUCAAAUCUUACUCGGCUUUUUUCUUCUCUAAAGUGUAUUUUUUGUGCCAUUAUGUCUGUGAUUUAUUGGUGUUUUCUCUUGCUUUGUACAGUGCAUGCGAUGUGCAAAGUGCCUUUAUUAUGGGCAAGUGACAGUUGCUGACUCAUGUAACUCUUUGCUCACCUAUUCCUUAUUGCCUUUUACCAAGCCAUAUUCUCAGAAGCCAAAGUCUACUUAACAGUUGCAGUUUCCAGCUGUUUGAUGAGUCAUCUUUUGGAUGAACUUUUUGGAGGAAUCAAUGCACAACCACAAACAAGUAUAGUCUAUUGCUUAAUUAUUUUCCUUUUUGAGAAAAUGAGCUCUUAUAAAUUGUCUGCAAAGGACCAAUUUUUUAUGCCACAAUACAAAAUCAAAUUUUAAACUGUACACUGAAUUCUUAGUGUGUCUAUUUAAAACCUGUGAAAGAUUCUCAGAUAAUGCCCCAAACCAAGGAGCACAAUAAUAAAACAUUGCAUUAAAGUU